AUGGGAAACCCAAGCGAAGAAGACCCCCCACCAUCCUACCCCAGCGCUCCCCUAGCCGGCGAAGCUCAAGAAUUUUCCGGCUACAACCCCAACUACACCCCACCCGCUCAACAAAACUCUCCCCAAGUCAUCACCAGUCAGCCUCCAGUUCAGAAUCCACCCGGCGCGGAAUGGCCCUUCAUCAAAAGCACUCAACCAAAAGACUGGAAAUACAACUGCUUUGAAGCUUUUUGCAGCGGCUCUGAAUGUUGCGUCGCCUGGUGUUGUCCAUGCAUGUCGAUAGCGAAAACGGCAGAAAUGCUUGGACUUGAUGGAAAUCGCGCUUUUUGCUGCGCUUUUUGGGGCCAUGCCUUUACCCUCGCAUUUCAGCAGCGGGAACUGAUUCGCUUGAAGUACAACAUCCCUUCAAAAUACUCCGGCUGCGCGGAUUUCUGGUGCUUGUUUUGCUGCUGGUCUUGUACUCUUGCUCAGAGUUCGCUUCAGCUCAAAUACGAGCUUCUCCAAAAUCGACAAUAA